UCUCAACACCAAACUGAAGUCAGCUAUCUAGGGUUUCAAACCCAAAAACCUUUCCUCACACUGCUUCUCCUCAAACACCCCCUGUCAUCCAACCCAUCAAAUUUUGGGUUUUCAAGAUUCAAUCUGAAAAUUAUCAUUUUGCACCAAAGGUGCUAUCUUUAUAUCUGUAAGUAUCUCUUUCUGUUCUCAUUUCUUUUCACCAGUAUUGUGUCAAGGAUUCUUGAUUUAUACAGGCAAAAAAACAGUGAAAUACAGUGAUAUAUUGGUUUAUUUAGGCAUAUUGGUAAUAAAGAUUGAAUCUUUUUACAAGUUCCUCUAGGAUGGGGAAAUCAGGUGGUAGGAAAAAGAAGGUGGGUAGUAGUCAAAAUCAAAAUCAAAACCAGAACCAGAGCCAAGGGACUGUUGGGAAUAGCCAAACACCUGUUGUUAAUGGUAGUGUUGAUUUGGACUCAUCAAUUUUCUCAAAAAGAGCCCAUGAGCUGAAAGAAGAAGGUAACAAAAGGUUUCAGGCUAAGGAUUAUGUGGGUGCUCUUGAACAAUAUGAGAAUGCUCUCAAACUUACACCAAAGGCACACCCUGAUAGAGCUGUUUUUCAUAGCAAUAGGGCAGCCUGUUUGAUGCAAAUGAAGCCCAUAGAAUAUGAUUCUGUUAUUUCUGAAUGUACUAUGGCACUUCAGGUUCAGCCUCGUUAUGUUCGGGCCCUUCUACGUAGGGCUCGUGCAUUUGAGGCUGUUGGGAAGUAUGAAAUGGCGAUGCAAGAUGUCCAGAUACUAUUGGGUGCUGAACCGAAUCACCGAGAUGCUUUGGAGAUUGCUGGACGGUUGAGGAUGGCGCUUGGUCCUCGUCCGGAGGCCCAGCAGGACCUCCAAAGCCGUCCAUCUCCAGCUGCACUUGGUGCUUCUGCAGUGGGUGCAGCUCCUAUUGCUGGCUUAGGACCAUGCUUACCUGCUCGGCCAAUGUCUAAGAAGCCAGCACCUUCGGUAAAUAACAAGCCAGAGAAGCCAUAUCAAGUGACACCAGCUGAAAAUGGUCCUCAAGCUAAAGUUCAGUUACCAAAGGUUGUUUUGAAGCCUUCAAGUGGUCCUUCCAGACCGCGUGCAGAUCAAAAUAAGGAUGACAAAAAAGAGCAGGCAUCUUUAUCAGGAUUAAGUGUUGUUCAUGGACAUUCUAAAGAUGUCGCGAUUCGUUGGAGGCCGUUGAAGCUUGUUUAUGAUCAUGAUAUAAGGCUGGCCCAAAUGCCUGUAAAUUGCAGUUUUAGAGUGUUGAGGGAUAUUGUUACCAAACGGUUCCCAAUGUCAAAAUCUGUUCUUGUUAAAUACAAGGACAGUGAUGCUGAUUUAAUAACUAUUACCUGUACGGCUGAGCUUAGAUCGGCAGAGUCUUGGGUUGAUGGUUUACUACCAAGAGACCCUGAUGCAGAUAAAACCGACUCUAUUGGGAUGUUAAGAUUGCAUGUUGUUGAGGUGAGUCCUGAACAAGAGCCGGCCUUGUUGGAAGAGGAAGAGGAAGAGGAAGAGGAGAAGCCUGUGGAGAGCGAAGGGAAUAAAGGGGAUGAUAGUGGAUCCCAUUCUUCAAUAAGUGAUUCAGUGGUUGAAACUGCUACAACCGAAAAUCCUGAUAAUGAGAGUAACAAGGCAGAGAAGGGCAUUAACAAAGAGAAAGUGGUUGCAACCGAAAACCCUGACUGCAAAGAGGUUGAAAUGGAUGACUGGCUUUUUGAGUUUGCGCAGUUAUUCAGGACCCACGUAGGUAUCGAUCCAGAUGCUCACAUUGAUCUGCAUGAGCUUGGUAUGGAGCUUUGCUCUGAAGCCCUUGAGGAAACCGUGACGAGUGAAGAGGCUCAAGCUCUUUUUGACAAGGCUGCCUUAAAAUUCCAGGAAGUGGCAGCUCUUGCUUUCUUCAACUGGGGAAAUGUUCACAUGUGCGCAGCUAGGAAGCGAAUUCCAAAUGAUGAUUCUGCAUCAAAGGAGAUGAUGGCUACACAACUCCAAGCAGCAUAUGACUGGGUUAAAGAAAAAUAUUCUCUGGCGAAAGAGAAGUAUGAGGAAGCACUCUCAAUCAAACCAGACUUUUACGAAGGAUUGCUGGCGUUGGGGCAGCAGCAAUUUGAAAUGGCAAAACUGUACUGGUCCUUUAUCUUGGCUAAGAAAGAGGACCUAUCAAAUUGGGAUCCUACUGAGACUCUUGCACUCUUUGACAGUGCAGAAUUAAAAAUGAAAGCUGCAACAGAAAUGUGGGAGAAGAUUGAUGAGCAGAGAGCUAAUGAGCUAAAGGAUCCUAGUGCCAGCAAGAAGGAUGAACUAUUAAGGAGAAGGAAGAAGCAAGCAAAUGGUCCUGAAGGUGAUGGUGGUCCAGCCGAAAUUUCAGCUGAUGAGGCGGCAGAGCAAGCUGCUGUUAUGAGAUCGCAGAUCCAUUUAUUUUGGGGUAAUAUGCUCUUUGAACGAUCGCAAGUUGAAUGUAAGUUGGCUUUGGAUGGUUGGAAGAAAAACCUUGAUACAGCAGUUGAGCGAUUCAAGCUUGCUGGAGCUUCUGAGAGUGACAUCGCUACAGUUUUGAAGAACCAUUGUUCCAAAGAGGAAGCUGCAGAGGGAUCUAAGCAAACGGCUGAGAGCCUGAACACGGAUGAAAGUGCAAAUCAGAAGAACGAUGAUGCUAGUCAAGCUUAGGGCAGUGACCUGCUUUCUGUUUUAUUGGAUUGCACGGCCCAUCACCUGCAUUAGCAUUUUUUUCAUGCUUGUGUCUGAAAUGGAGCAACAGAAAGUUUUCACUUUUAGAAGAGUAGGUAUCAGGAAGUCUAUCUUCUCAUCUCUUGUGGAGAACUGGCAUCAUAAUGUUCUCUCUCUGAAGGUUCUGGUUUAUGUAUGUGUGCCAACAACUUUUGACCAUCAACCUGACACUAGUUUCUCUAGAUGGAGUUUGGUUUAUGAAAAAAUGAUAUUGAUGCAAUUAGAUUUUUUUUUGCCUCAAAUUUAAUAAAUUUAGCUCUGCAGUUAUUGUGAUAGAAGCAGGUCACUGUUUGGAACCAGUUAACAAUCUGUGUAUGCUGCAGACAUUUGUUCUUAAACUGAACCUCAACAUUUGUUCGCGAACAGAGAAACAUGGAUCUAUUUUCAUGCUGCUUU